GUGAAUAGCCAAUGAUCGACGACGUUACUGAAUGACAACCAACCAAUGGUAGGCAUGAAUGUUCUCGCGCUGGGAGAAAUUUCGGUGUCGAGCGCCAAAGAAUAGUCCCUAUCUGAUGGCGGUUGCCUCAGCAGCAGUGAUGGACAGUAUUGUAAUCCUUGAUGAUGAUGAAGAGGAGGAGAGGCCUCAGCCUUCUUCCUCCACCACAUCCUCUAAACUCUCAGCCAAUCAGCGUACCCCCCCCAAAAUCCAGCAGCCCGCUCCUACUCACAUCACCCAAUCUCCGUUCGCCAUGGUGAAGAAAGAGAGCCAUGUUCUUCAAGCAGAGAACCAGAAGCUCUUUACUGAGUUUGUAGAUUACUGCUCGGCCCAAACGCAGGACUGCCCCGAGGUCAUGACCUUCCUGCACGCAAAGCACUCCAAGGCGUCACCGGACUUUCUGUCCUCGGUAGAGUUCCGCAACACGCUGGGCCGCUGCCUGACGCGCGCCCAGGCCAGCCGCACCAAGACCUUCGUCUACAUCAACGAGCUGUGUACCGUCCUCAAACAGCACUCGGACAAGAGGAGGCAGAGUGUUGUGAAGGUGGGGCCUACUGCUGGGGAGAAGGAGGAGGAGAUGGAAGAGGAGGCACCGACAGAUGAGCUACCGUCUACCUCAGGGCAGCAGGAAGAGAAGGAGGAGGCGUUGGAGGACGAGAAGGAGAAGAAGACGAAGAAGGCUUCCCGGAGACAGAUUGCGUACCUGGAGAACCUGCUGAAGAUGUACAAUGAUGAGAUCCGGCGGCUGCAGGAGAAGGAGCUGAGCGUCAACGAGCUGGAGGAGGAGGACUCCAGCUAUAUCCAGGAGCACAAGCUAAAACGAAAGAUGAUGAAGAUCUAUGAUAAGCUCUGUGAGCUGAAGGGCUGCAGCAGUCUGACAGGCCGAGUGAUCGAGCAGAGGAUCCAAUACAAAGGGACACGCUACCCUGAGGUCAACAGAAAGAUUGAGCGUUUCAUCAAUAGUCCCGAGGCUCAGCUGAAUCCCCCCGACUACACGGACAUCCUGCAGCAUGUCCGUCGGGCCAACGAGCGCCACGGCCUCAACCUCAGCAGAAAGCAGCUGACCCAGAUCUCCCAGGAUGCCUUCCGCGAGACUGGAAACCGACUGCAGGAGAGACGCCACCUCGACAUGGUCUACAACUUCGGCUCGCACCUCACAGACUUCUACAAACCCGCUACUGACCCUGCCCUGUUGGACCCCACGUUGGCCCGUAAGCUGCGCUCUAACCGGGAGGUGGCUCUCUCCAGCCUGGAGCAGGUCAUCUCCAAAUACGCCCUGAAGCAGGAUGACACGGAGGAGGAGGAGAGGAGUAAACGGAUAGAGAGAGACAGGCAGAAGAAAGAGUCAUUGGCGCAGGAGGCCACCACAGCCGAUGACAAUCCCUUGGCGAAGGGAGAGGAUGAUUGUGAGGAACAAGCUGAGGAAGAGGAUGAUGAAGACGAUGAGUCGUCUGAUCCAGACAUCGAGGAGGAGAUCCAGGCCAGCAAAGCGCAAGCAGGGCCAGAGGAGGAGGAGGACAAUGAGGUAGAGGCAGCAAUCGAGAGUGAAACCGAGGUUGAUGGGGGGAGUGACGGAGACCAGGUUGGAGGAGAGAAAGAAGAGAACGCUGAGGAGGACACAGACUCUGUGACGAGAGGAAUCAGCCCCGUCUCCCGGGGUGACACCCCGCGGAUCUCCUCCUUAGUCGACCAAUCCCCCACAGACAGCCCCAGCCAAUCGGAGGCGAUGGAGGCCGACAAGGGGAACGAAUCAUCCGAUACCAACUUCAGAAAGGAAGACGUUGUUUCCUCCAAUCACAUUUCGGCUGUCUCUGUAAGCACUAGUGUGGAAACUAAGGACUCCUCAGCCUCCCCCAUGGCGGCGAAUCAGGUCUCUUUGCCUCCGUCACCAGUGCUGAUUUCGACCAAUGAGGACUCCUGCACGGUCAUCACUGAGACGAGGUCAGCAAAUUGCAGCCCCAGGCCACCCAGUCCCAAAGACACCCCCAGAGGCAGGAAGAGAAGGAGGAAAGAAGAGGUGGAAUCCCGGAAGUUUCACAACGGGGAUCUAAGGCACCACAAUGGGAGUCAGAGUGACAUCCCUCUGGACAUGGGCGUGGUGACCAGUAGCCUCCUGCAGGCAGACUCCACCAGGGCAGACACUCCCACCCAGGAGAUGGUCACCAGCUCCCAGUCCACCCCGCCACCGAAGAAAAACAAGGUCAACGUGGCCACCCAGUGUGACCCGGACGAAGUGAUCGUCCUUUCGGACUCGGAAUAACCUCUGCCCCCCACCGUUCUGGGUGUUCACGCUUCCCAUUACUAGUCUGAAACCAGGUCUGUUUAUGCUGCACAAGCAGAUCUGAGACCAGGCUAUCCCACUUGACUUCCAAACUAGUGCCUGCUAAUGUGAACUCUUGAAAAUGUAUGCAUUUUCAGACGGGAGAGGGCAAACCUUUCACUAAAGAUUUAAACUGGCGACCGACGUGGUAGUUUACCGCCAAUGUUUACAUUCAUAUUUAUAUGCCAAUUUUAUCUCCCAGUGUCUGGAUUGAGCAGGGAGGGAGCAGCAUCACGUCAGGUUAUUUUUUUAUUUUAGCUGUAAAAAUGAGUUCAAUUAGAUAUUAUUUGACCUGUUUUCUUAGAAUUUUUUUUGCCUCUUAUUUUAGAUGGGUGAAUGAAUUGGGUGUCUGGGGUUAGUAUGCUGGCAAUAGGAAGAGUUGAACCCACGAGUACUGUAACUUAGAUUUAUACAAGGCCAAUACAGGAUCUACAUCAACUUUGUCAUGGAUCAUUUGUUGUACGUUUGGUGUUGCUGUGUCCACAUAGUGACACCUAGUGGCCUGAACGCCGCUAUUUCACCCAAGUAAUAUGCAAUAUGUUGUCAGACUGGCCGUCAGUUUAAUUGUGUUCAAGAUGCCAAACGAAUACAAUUAAGCAGAUGCGUUGACCUAAAUGACCAGGUACAGCUUUGCAUUAGCGUGAACUGUAGAGCGGUGUCCUACUUAAUGCAGACAUAACCCCCACAUUGACUUUUCAGAAAUAGUUGUGUUCAGGGUGAUGGACUACACCUCCAACAAUGCCCAUCUCAGCAUGUAGUAAGGUGGUGUUUGGGUUGGUUUGCAUCAAAGGAACGUUCAGAAUCCCUCUUGCUUGAGACUGCAAACAGUGGUAAUGAUUUUUCAAAUCUCCCUAAGAUGCUUUGGUUGGAUUCCCUUGUUUUUACCAAUUCAAUAAGAUUACGGGGGAAGACCGCUUAAUUGUUAUCCAUUUUUCCUUUUAGUACACUGAGAAGCAAAGGGCACAUUUCCUUUUAAAUAAACUUUGAUAACGCUCACCAGGUGCUUUGUGGGUAAAGGCAUAUGGUAAAGAAAAACAUGAAUUGUACAUUUGGAAAACAAGAGUGACAUGCUAAUACAGAUUACAGAAAUGAA